AUGUUCGAUGUAAUUCCCAAGCCACUUCUUGUUCAACGGUUCAAGUAAUCAAAUAUAUUGUACAAUGACUUUGUUUUUAACAGCAACAGGUGAAAGAACUUCAUUAACGGGAAUUGAAGUUGGGUUGGGCUUGAAUGCUGCAGAAAAAGUAUGGACGAUGCUCAGGGCAGUUGGAGACAUGGCAUUUGCUUUUGCAUAUUCUACCGUUUUGAUUGAAAUCCAAGAUACGUUGAAGUCUUCACCACCAGAAAAUCAAACAAUGAAGAAAGCUAACACAAUAGGUAUGUCUACAGCAACAACUCUAUACUUGUUUUGCAGUUGUCUGGGUUAUGCUGCUUUUGGUGACCAUGCGCCCGUUCUUGAAAUGGCAUUGCCUUUCUUCAAUGACAUCCUUGCUCUCCUUGAGGCAAUUGGGUUCUGGCCCAUGACCGUGUACUUCCCUGUGGAAAUUUGCAGCAGCUUGUGGAUCCCUCCAGGGGUUGAAUCAGGCUCUCAAGUCGUCCAAGCCCUUCAAUCUCCAGUCUCCAGUCUCCAGUCUCCAGUCUCCAGUCUCCAGUCUCUUUUGUCGUUUUGCACUAUAACUUUUUCUGUUUGCUCAAUCUUUUGUCCUCAACUCAUCUGUGAUUCCCUUCAAGAUCAAGAUCUCACCGUGCCAUCACUACCCAUUGCGCUGUGCAACCACAACAAUGCUUCUAUUUGCUCAAUCCUCUAUCCUCAACUCCUCAUCCCAUCUAUGAUUCCCUUCAAGAUCAAGAUCUCAUUGUGUCGUCACUACCCAUUGUACUGUGCAACCACUGCAAUGCUCAUCGCUCACCACUCACCUCCAGCUCCAAGGUUGGGUCAUCCUCCUCAGUCCUCACCUUCAAGCUCUCACUGUGCCGUCACUUCCCUUGAAAUCGAUAGUGGCUAGCUAUUGCCUAAGUUGCCUCCACUCCACUCAUGGGUCACCACUCGCCUUCAGCUUAGGUUGUCCUUCUUCCUCUGCAGCUUUACCUUCAAUUCUCAAGCUUUCAAACUCCAACGUCCAGGUAUCAAUUAGCUACAGUUUUUGUGCUUUGGUGCUUAUGAUUUAGAGAAUCAAAAUAAAUGAUAGUUUUAUUU